GACCUCAUUCUAAAUUUUGGGGGUCCGGGCGGCUCAGGUGUUGGAACACUGUUGAACAUCGCACCGCUACUCACCGACGUCUUCGGUUCGGGUGUCAACUUGAUCAGUUUCGAUCCUCGAGGCGUCAACAAUACCGGUCCUGCGCUCGACCGUUUCCCGAAUUAUUCAGCGACGAAAGCGAUCUUCGAGUCCCAAAACUAUCGCAUCAUAGCAGAUACACCAGACAACAUCGCAACCCAGUUUUACUUGGCCGAGUCCUUCGGUCGCUGGUGCGACUCGGUGAUAGGAGGUCCCAAUGGGAGGCAAACUACGGAGGCGUUCUCGGUACAACCUUUGGAGCCCCUGUUCCCUGACCGCAUCGGUCGUUUCAUCCCUGAUGGAGUGGCAGAUGGCAAGGGCUACUACGGGGGCUCUUGGAGCAAAAGCCUUAUUGACACAGACAAGGUGGUCGAAGGGCUGAUCUCCUCCUGUUUGGAUGCUGGGAAGGAGGCCUGUACUCUUUAUGAGGAUUCUUUUGAAGCUAUUGAAUAUCGUCUCUCCAACAUUCUCACUAGGCUCAAGCAACACUCGAUCCCUGUCUGGGAUCCCGCGGUUGUUGACGUGCCUGCUCUGGCUACAUUUGCAGAUUGGAGUCAAUUACCGCCUUCAGCGAACAAAACCAGUGCGCCUAUCUUGUUUAUUGGCAAUAAAGCAGAUCCUGUUACGCCACUCGUCGAGGCCCGGAGAGCAUCUACAUUCUUCCCCGACUCUGGACUUGUUGAAAUAAAUGGCAUCGGUCACACCAGCCUGGGCGCACCGUCUCAAUGCGCGUUCAAGGAAAUGCGCAAGUAUCUUUCCGGGGCAUCUCCCCUUCCGUUUGUCUCUUGCAAACCAGAUGAGGUUCCAUUUCAGAACAAGCUUGAGGGUUUGGCGCUAUUGACGGAGAUUUGGAGGCUGAAGACUUUGAGGGGUUUAGUUUUCUAG